AUGACCGCGGAAGAAUCAACCGUGCCAGCACAUCUGGACCCAUCCACCUACCCACGCACCCACCACGAUGCCACCCAAAACAUCCACCUCACGCUGACUUACUCCCCGCUCGACCCCAACAGCUACCUCGCACAGACAUCCUCCCCCGCCGCAGGGGCAAAUACUCUCUUUCUCGGUACGACGCGCGAUACCUUCGAAGGGCGCUCGGUCUCGCAAUUAAGCUACACUACAUAUCCACCCCUCGCGCUAAAGACUUUAACGGCAAUCGCGGAGGCGGCCGUCAACAAACACCAGCUCAAGGGUGUGAGUAUUGCGCACCGUCUUGGGGUUGUGCCUAUCGGCGAGGCUUCUAUUGCGAUUGCUGUUAGUGCGGGACAUCGGGCUGCAGCUUGGAGGGCGGGCGAGGAGAUUUUGGAGGCUUGCAAGGAGAAGGCGGAGAUCUGGAAGAGGGAGGAGUUUGUCGAUGGAGGGAUGGAGUGGAGGGCUAAUGCGGAUCGCGAUGCCGAGGGGAAUUUGGUCAAGAAGAAUGAGCCUUGA